AAGCUUCUGUUAGAAGACUAAACCAAAAGAUUAGCAACUAACCACCCUCCUAAUUUCUCAAUCUCCUGUAUUUUUCUCAAAUCAACAAAGAGCUAGCUUGCUAGAAAUCUUCAGCAAAGUGUGAUCUUAAUGGCAAAUCAAUUACAACUCAAGUCUCUGAACCAUAUCUCUUUAGUUUGUAGAUCAUUGACAGAAUCGCUUGAUUUCUACAAGAACAUUUUAGGCUUCAUUCCUAUCAGAAGGCCAGGAUCAUUUGAGUUUGAGGGUGCUUGGUUAUUCAAUUACAAUAUUGGUAUUCAUCUUUUGCAAUCUGAAGACCCUGAAAGCUUGCGCACUACUAGGCAGAUCAAUCCCAAGGAUAAUCACAUUUCUUUUCAAUGUGAAAGCAUGGCAGCGGUAGAAAAGAAGCUGAAAGAGAUGGAGAUAGAGUAUGUGAAGGCUAGAGUAGAAGAAGGCGGAAUUGAGGUAGAUCAAAUAUUCUUCCACGAUCCAGAUGGCUUCAUGAUUGAAAUUUGCAACUGCGACAACUUACCUGUGGUUUUUGUUGCUGGAGAAGCCAUCCGAAUGUGCUCUGCCCUCGGUUGCAGUGUGCAGCCGAAGCUUGCAGUUGUAUGAAUCAAUGGCAGUGAGUGAUCCGCGUUUAAGGAACAUGUGUUUGUGAUUUUCUAAAUAUUUCUAUGUGAUGAAGAGUGUUUUUUCUUAUAGUUUAAAUAUACUAAGCUAUUCCAAUAAGAAUUGUGCUGGAUGAAUCAGAAAAACUUAACAAAGUGACUGUUCUGUCAUUUGAUUUGUAAGAUAUAUGUGCUCUUAAGGACUUGGACUUGUAUAGAAGAGAAGUUUAAGUA